AUGGAAGACAAUGUGGCCUUAAAAGGAAUAGCAACACAAUCUUCUACUUACCAGGGCAUUUACUUUGCUCACUUUGCUAUUGAUGGUAUCACAGAAUCAUCCUCGUAUAUUUCUCCAUGUACACACACAAAUAUGGAUUAUAAUGCAUGGUGGAGGCUGGAUUUGUUGGCAGUGCAUGAUAUUAAGAAUGUAAUCAUCACAAACAGAGGUGAAGGCACCUCAGAACGGUUAAAUGAUGCAGAGAUUCACAUUGGCAACUCCUUAGACAACAAUGGCAACAAUAACCCCAGAUGUGUUGUUAUUGCUAGCAUCCCUGAUGGUGGCACUAAAAAUUACACCUGCAAUAUGAGGGGUCGUUACGUGAAUGUCAUCAUUCCCAAGAUUGCCCAGUUUCUCUCACUCUGUGAAGUUGAAGUGUAUGGGUUUCCAGUGCCUGCGAUUAAGAUGGCACUUCUGAGAUUAAAAUUUAACAGCAGUGAGGAUCUCACCAACUCUGACAUGAGGGAUAAAGUUCUUCACAAGAUGAAAUCUGCCAAUCUCCCGUCAUCAAUAUUUCAUCUUAGUUGGACAAAGGAACCAGAACUGGAAAAAGAAACUUAA